CUUUUUUGUUUCUUUAUCUUACUUUAUUUUCUAUAUAUAUAUAAACUUCUUAUGUUACACGCUAUUGCUCUAUAUGACUGUGUAGCUGAUGACGAAGGGGAACUUACUUUUUCUGAAGGAACAAGAUUUGUGGAUGUAGUAGAUUCUAAUGAAGGUGGUUGGCUAGAAGGUCGAAUUGAAGGUACCUCUCAACGUGGACUUUUUCCCAACAAUUAUGUCGAUGUCUUUACAGUCCCUUCUUCUUCUUCUUCUUCUUCUCCUCCUCCUCCUCCUCCUUCUUCUUCUUCUUCUUCUGUAGCGGCAAAACCUAUUCCGAAAGUAUCUAAUUCUGAAGCUAGUCAAAGUAACAGUGUUUCUCCUCCAAGUUCUAGUAUCUCUUCUUCUUGGUCUGUUAUUCCCAAUGCUCCUGCUACUACUGCUAUUUCUUCUAAUACCAACUCAAAUGCAAAAUUAGACAACAAUAAUCAAUCGAAAUCUGGACAAGUAGAUGCUUUUGACGCGGCCAUGUAUACAACACCAUCCUCGAAAUACAGUGAUAUUACUUCGACUAUUAUGAACAAACGAACAGUAUCAAGAUCCAACAUGACCCCAACGACAUUUGCAACUACUUUGGAAACUGUGAAGCCAUCCACCAAUUAUUCCAAUACACACUCAUCACCAAAAUUAUCCGAGAAGAAAAAUGAUCUUGUCUUUCCUACUCUCCGACCAGUACAACAACAUUCACCAUAUACUAGGAUACGGUCAUUCUCCGCAUCAUCUUCAACUUUGUCACCAGUUCAAUCGCCUCUCGACUUGAAUGAUUCAGCAAAUACAACAGUCAAACCCUCAUUCAUACGACAAGAAACAUCUAAAUUCCAAUCAGAUUCAUCUUGGCGUCAACAACCAGGCUCAGCAUUUCCCACUCUUCGACAAACCCCAGUAGGCAACAACAACAACAAAACGGAAACGAACAAUGAUGAAGAUGAUAUAGAAGAAGAAGAUGGUUAUCAACUUAUCAAGCCAUCCCAAAUACGUAAGCGCCAAGUAUAUCAAGACAAUAAAGGGAAUCAUGUCAACAAGUCACCAACGAUACCAAUAACAACACUAUCAUCGUCAUCAUCUUCUCGGAAACCAUCAUCAACAGCUAGUACACGUUUGGAUGCUCUACCAUCGACAAAUACAUUGGCUAGACUUCCAUCUCGACCUGUAUCUACUGCGAACCGACGAUCGAAAUCAAAAUCUUCCUUUUCGCCAAGUUCAACAAGUAGCAACACCAAUGAUCCUGUUAUCGUUAACAAACCAGCACCCACUUUGAAGCCAAAACCAGCGCAAUUGAACAAUAUAUCAAAACCAUCCGUGGAUUCAACAUCGAAACCUAUCAUCACCACCAAAGAACGAAGUGCAUCCAAUCCUCCUCCAAUCCAGCCAAAAACUUUUAUGAAUGAAGUAUAUCGCCCAAAGAAACCAAAUUUGGAUACCAAACCAGCAUUACAAAUCCCAGUACGACCAGCAGUGAUACUAUCCAAACCUAUUAAUCAUAUGGACAAUACCAUGGCAACAGCAACAUCAUCAUCAUCAUCAUCAUCACCAUCAUCAUCUUCAACAUCAGCAGUGAUAGGAAGGAAAGGAACAGCAGGAGGAGUGGCAUUACCAGGAUUGGGUAAAAAAGCAUCAGCACCAACAUUACCAGCACGACCACCAGCUGUGAACUCAUUAUCUUCUGCGACAACAGAGACGUUAUCAACCAUGGGAUCGACUAAAGACGAUGAUACCAAUCUGAAACCUUCUCAACUUUUGAUGCAACGAGCAAGAUCAUCGACCAAUCCAGGUUUUACGACAAGACCGAUGAUCGAUAUAUCAACGACGACAAAUACCAGUAAAACAACAAAAACUUCAACUAGAUCAUGUGAAGGGACACCAACCGAUGGAGCUAUACGAUCACCACCACCACCUCCUUCAUUAUCAACACCCAUUGUUAAACAAACGCCACCACCACCUCCUCCUCCUUCACGUAUUUAUAAUCAUCAUGGCAACCAUGUGGGAGGAUCUCGAAGAAGAUACGAUGAAUUAUUUGAUUUGAUUCAAGAUGAUGGAUAUGUGGAUGGAAUGACAACUCGGACAAUCUGGAGCAAAAGUCGACUCUCUAACGACAUUCUUGCAGAGAUUUGGCAACAUUGUGAUCAGCAAAAAUCAGGGUUAUUAGAUAGACAACGAUUUAUUGAUGGGAUGACUCGUAUUGAUGCUUAUUUGAUGAAAAACACCCUUGCUUCGUCGGCUACUACUUCUCCUCAGACAACACCUUCUUGAACUUUUGGAUUAUAUCAUCAUUAAUAGUAGUACAAG